UUAGGUGUGAUGCCAGCAUACAGUGCAAAGGAUGAUGCCUUGGUAACAAAACUUGUCAGAUUUUAUCAAACUAACAGCUUGGACACCACUUCUCAUCAUGCAACAGUGCUCCUGUUUGACCCAAGCAAUGGCAUCUUAAAGGCAGUGAUGGAUGGAGCAGUGAUCACCGAAAAGAGAACUGCUGCAGUUUCUGCGAUAGCAACCAAGUAUCUCAAGCCUAAGAACCUGGAUGUAUUAUGUAUCCUGGGAGCUGGGUCGGUGGCUGUCAGUCACUAUGAAAUCUUCACCAAAAUGUUUCCGUUCAAGCAGGUAAGGGUGUGGAGCCGAACUCGAGAACGGGUUGAAAAGUUUGCGAAAACAGUUGGGGGACCAGUGACAAUUUGUGCCUCAGCAAAAGAAGCUGCUCUCGAUGCUGAUGUGGUGAUAACAGUCACCAUGGCAACAGAGCCCAUUCUGUUUGGAGAAUGGGUAAAACCUGGAGCCCAUGUUAAUGCUGUUGGAGCUUGUCGACCAGACUGGCGGGAGCUGGAUGAUGGACUAAUGAAGAAUGCUGUCUUGUAUGUGGAUAGCAGAGAAGGAGUCAUUAGGGAGUCAGGAGAUGUCAUCCUUUCGGGCGCUGAAAUCUUUGCAGAACUGGGAGAAGUGUUGAAAGGAACCAAACCCGCUGUGUGUGACAGGACCACAGUUUUCAAAUCAUUGGGCAUGGCCAUUGAAGACACAGUCACCGCCAAACUGGUUUAUGAUUGUUGGGAAGUUAAAAAUAAACAGAAAUCCUAACACUUUACAAAAUACAAUUUUCGUUCUACAAAAUAUUGUUUCACUAAAUUGGAUGAUGUUGAAUCAGAAUAAUGGGACUGUUCAAACAAAUUAAAGAUGUAUUUAAUUCAGCCUGUGAAAACACAAACCUAGUAUUAACAAGUUUAAAAAAAAUCUCUCAACUUGUACAAAUACAUCAGUUGUCGAAUUUCAAUCCAACUGUUACCAAUGUUUGUUACAUGAUUGAUUUCAUAAUGUUAUGAAAUGAUACAAAAUGCCCAUUGUGUUUGUGCCACAACACUGAAAGAGUUAUCUCACUUAGUCCCUCAGCCCCUCUCUUUCCCCAAAGUCCUGCACACGUCUGCUUUAAAAAGUAAUCUCUAAUUACAAUUGUGUUUUACAGAAAAACCUUGUAUUAAAUUGUUGAAAAGCAAAGGAGUGGUGGUUGCAAAAAAAAUUAGUCAAAUUGAUAUACUGUGUCCUUACAAAGUAUGGAGGCUGAAUUAUUAAUGAAAUUACCAGUUUACUGUACAUAACUAGAAAUAAAAAGCCUUGUCACUUUU